UUCAGUUUUUAAAAAAUAAAAAAUAGAAAACUGGAAAUGAUAGCCCAACAAGCCCUAAACAACUGAGAGUGUAGAUCUAGCCGGAUCCGUCAGUAGACAACGAGCCUGCAUUUCAUUUUCGUACAAUUUUGAGGGCAUUUGCUGAUUUGAUCCCUUUUCGUGUUUUUCCAUGUUCAUUACAUAAUCUCGCUGCAUGUCUCUCUCUCAUCAGCCCCCCCGUGGAAGAGGAUAAUUGAACAAGCUUUAGUGGUUUCAAUGGUGUGUUCAGUUGGGAGUGUGAAAAUGGCUGUCAUGGCGAGGCUUUCGGCUUCUGGGAAUAUUUCACAAGGCUUAGCAGCAGAGAAAGCUGGACACCAGAAGCUAGUUGCGGAAUACAUUCAGAAGGAGUUACUUGAGGCUGAUGAUGCUAACUUGCUUGUUGAAGAAGAUAUGCACGUGUUUGACCUGAAUCCUCUGACAGACCCUUUAAAUUUGGUUUGUUGUAACUUCUGUAAAAAGCCCGUGAAGGCCAGUAAAUUUGCAACUCAUGCAGAGCUUUGUAGGUCGUUAGGAAGUGCAGAAGAACUACUUUCAGAGCUUGAUAGAGGUACUGGUAAUCAGAAACCGCCAAGGAAAGAAAGAAAAAAGUCAGUAACUGCUGAAAAGAGACUUACGUUGACUGGAGUUCAAGAAAAGCUUGCAAAUGUUGAUGCCUCUGAAACCGCAGUUUCAAGUUUUCAAUUAGAGGACCAGGGCGGAAUUACGUUUUCUUGCUUGAGGGAAGCUAAAGGAACCAUUGGAAAGAUUACGGGUUUAGCUGGAGAAACGGUUCCUUUAAUAAAGCGUCCUAAACUGAUUGCGGCUGAUACUGCACAGCCAUCAGAUGAAACACGGACAGUACGAGGUGUUAGGAAUAUCACAAGUUUUCAGGAUGCAAUCACUUAUGUUCCAGCUCCUCUUGCCACCAAAAUAUACUAUUCACAGAGAAACAAUCGCCUUCAGGCUUCCAUAAGUCACAUGUUUAAUCGAGCAUCAACAGAAAAAUGUUGUAUAAAUGAAAGGCAAAUGCUAGGGAAUCCAAUCAUUUUGGAGGCAUCUUCACUGGGUGCUUUUUCGGAGCGACAAUUUGAUGAUCAAUUUCAAAAGAGUUAUGCUCAUUCUUCACCUACUGCACUAAAUGCAAAUCAAACAUUUAGGCAAGGCUCUGCAGUAAGUUUGGUAAAAAAUGGUCCUGGUGGAGGUGAAGCCUCUAACAACUUUGUGAAUCAGUUUUCCAUGAUUGAUGCCUAUACCUCUCAAACCCCUGCUGAUGGAGCUAUUGCAGCCAGAUAUCAUCCAAAACCUUAUCCUUUUGCAGGAGAUUCAGCAUUGGCGACCAUUCAACGGCCUACUGGAAGCGUUCCUGUUGUAUAGACAAGUCUUCUUAAAAUUAUUGCCUCGGAAGGCGAUUUCACUUUUGUUGCGCCACGCUCAACCAUUCAGAUUGAAGAUGACAGUCUUUGAGAUGUUGCUUGUAAAUUUGUUAUACUUCAUGAUAUCCUAGUUGUUUAUGUUCUAUAGAGGUCAAUGUGACAGUUCUCCUUUAUAUUUUUUUACCAAGUUGCUAACAUAUGGAGAGUAUAUUAAACAAUAAAUAACCCUAAUCUCAGUUUGACAGUUUGUACACCAGAAUAUAUUUUGAGAGGCUCUUGUGACAUACAGGCAGUUUUGCAAUGUAAUUAAACUAAUUACUAUCAUGUUUUGGUGAAUGUAAUAAUCUUACAUGUCUAACCUUGACAAAAUUUACCUGA